UUGAACUCCCAGCGACGCUCACGAAGCUCCGCAGCUUAUCAUGAUGGCUGAUCUCGUGUGUCUCUCCCUCGCUCUCGCGCUCCUCGUCGUCAUCGGCGCCGCCAACGGCGAAGUCAGCUACAGCCAGAGUGGCCUCGACUGGGAUGGUGAUUGUCAGACGGGCGAGAAGCAGUCGCCGAUCAACAUCGUGAUGGACGAGGCGGUGGAGGUCAGCGAGCCCGAGAAGUUCGUGCUGGACUACGACACGUCAGCAACCACCGCGACCGUCCUCAACCACGGAUACACCGCUCAGGUCAUCCCGAACCCGGAGAAGACCUACAAGCUUCACAUCAACAGCGGAACCUUUUUCCUGAAGCAGGUGCACGUGCACUCGUUCUCGGAGCACGCGAUCAACGGGCUCUUCGCGGCCAUGGAGGCGCACUUCGUGCACCAGCACGAGACCGACAACUCCUCGCUCGCCGUCGUGGGAGUCAUGAUUCGCCUGCAGCGCCACGACGAGAAGUCCGACUGGAUCGACGUCUGGCAGGGCAAGAUUCCGGCGGAAGUGGAGGCCAACGCGACGAUUGACGUUCCCGAGAAGUUUUGGACGGAGAUGAUUGACACGUCCAUGGGCUUCUGGCGCUACCCCGGCUCACUCACCACGCCUGCAUGCAGCGAGAUUGUUGAGUGGCACGUGCUGCGCAAGGCCAAGUUCCUCGCCGUGGGCCAGGCCAUCACUUUCAUGAACCUGAUCGCCAAGCAAAACACUGAGCGCACUGACAAUCGCCUUCCCGAGCCCCUCAAUGGCCGCACUGUUACUUACUACCCUCACACCUCUUCAUAGGCAAUGGAAUAAGGAUUUUGCCUCGAAGUGGGAUUUAUUCAUUAGUGAGUUUCAUAUCAUGCGUAGAAACUCUUGUCACCUUGUAUGUUUGGCUUUAAUGGCUGGAAUGGCAUGUAGUUAUGGGAUUGACG